AUGGACACAUUGAUAUCCCAACUGAAGGAUGUAGAACCUGAUAACAUCUUAAAAAGUACCGUAGAGUACAAUAAUGACAAAUCAGAGGUAAAAGUAAAUUUAUCUAUAGGAGUUUGUUGCAAUGAAAAUGGCACAUUGCAUAUAUUUAAAAGUGUGUUGGAAGCAGAAAAAAUAGUAAGAGAAAAGUGUAAAGAAAAGCCAUAUCUAUUAAGUAAUGGUACGAAAGAAUUUUCUCUAUUAACUCAAGAAUUGAUAUUUGGAGUUAAUUCAAAUUACAUGAAGGAGAAAAGAAUAUGUACAGUUCAAACAAUAGGAGGGACUGGGUCUAUAUUUAUAGCACUACAAUUGUUUAAGUCACUUAAUGUUAGUACUAUACAUGUAACAAGUAUUCCAUACAUAAAUCAUGUAAAUAUGAUAAAAUCAUAUGGCUUCAAUGUUAAGUAUAUUAAUUUUUUCGAUGUUAAUUCAAUAAAUAUAAAUUAUGAAGCUUUUUUAAAUGAUUUACGAAAUUUAGAAAAUGGAGCUAGUAUUAUUUUCCAAGUUUCUUGUUAUAAUCCAUGUAGCACUAACAUUGAUGAAACUUAUUUUGAAGAAAUAACAGAAAUUGUUUUAAAAAAAAAACAUAUAAUUAUAUUCGAUGUUGCUUAUCAAGGUUUAGGUUCUCCAAAUUUACAUGAUGAUGUGUCUUUAAUUCGAAAAUUUGAAGAAAAACAAAUUUGUUUUGUAGUAUGUCAGUCAUUUUCGAAAAAUAUGUCAUUAUAUGGAGAACGAGCUGGAGCACUGCAUAUUAUUUGUACAUCAAAGAAAGAGAGAAAAAUUGUUGCAAAUAAUUUACGUACUCUAAUUCGAAAAUUUUAUUCAUCUCCUACAAUUCAUACAAAUAGAAUUAUUUGUGAACUUUUACAAAAUGAAAAAUUAAAAUCCGAAUGGAUAAAGGAUUUGCAGCAAUUAUCUGAACGCGUUCAUAAAAAUAGAAUUCUUUUUUUUGAAAAAAUGGAAUUUUAUCAAAAAAAAUUUCACUUAAAUUAUGACUGGAAUGUUUAUAAAAAUCAAAGCGGUAUCUUUUCCUUUGUCCCACUCUUCUCUCGCAUUUAUGACAAGCUAAAGGAUUACCACAUCUACAUCAUCAACAGUGGACGUAUAAACGUCUCUGGAAUCACACACCAAAACGUGGAUUAUGUGGCAGAGAAAGUGUGUCUGUGCUUGUAUGAAGCUGAAAAAUCGCGUAACUCAUGA